GCAGCAAAGAUCCGACAGUAAGAGCUGGAUAUUGGGAGCUCCCAAGUCUUACUUUUUUAUCUAUUAAAGGAAAAGCACAAAAGUCUCAAGCUUUAUCUUCAUCUUGAGCUUGCGGAAGCAAAAGCAAGCUUGAAACAUGAGUGCACAAGAUCCUCGUCCAUCUACCAACCCACCCAUCACUUUCUCCCCACCAAUAACUACUGAUGGACUCGAAGUCACAACCCUUGCAACGCAGGGUAACAUCCUUUCUAUCACAACAGGAGCGACGGUCGGUGGCAAUCUGUACGUUUACAAAAUCUCUCAAACCUCCCCCACCACCUUCACCGCGCAACGUAUCUGCCAAUCAACUGGCAGCGUCAAUCAGAAACCGGGAGCUGCAGAUGCCUUCAUCUACAAUAAAAUGCUAUUUACAACAGAUCAGAUAACGACUUUACCUGACGGACCAGCAGGAGUAUGGGUCUGGGAUCUAAUGAGCUGCACAGUCACGGGCCAUUGGGACACGCCAACUGGCCAAAGGCCUACCUAUAGUCUAGCUACCGGAGGCUCCAUGGUGUAUGUCGGUGCAGGUGAUGGAGUAUACACGUUCAAUCCAAACAAUGCGACGGGAGGCCAAACUCAAAGCGUUUUUGGAACAUACGUUGGGGAUCCUCUGGGAACAGCUGCUGUGACGUACCCAGCCGCUGUGGCCUCCAUUGGUACGACCCUGUUCAUUGGCCCCAAGCUUCCUGGAUCUGGGACUAUUCUUGCGUGUAACCAGCUAAACCAAACAGCAUGUAAGGACACCUUAAUAGCGCCAGACGACAUUGGCACGUUAAAAGCGAUCCCAAACUCCCCGUAUAUUGUCACACCCGAGAACUUGUAUGCCUGGGAUUCCGCAACCGAAACUUUAACGCAGAUUGCCACCCUGCCUAUUCCCGGGUUAGGCCCGGCCAUUGGCAUUGGACCAGUAUGGUUUUGGCCCGCUGCCAAUACGACUUUGCAAAACACUGUCUUACAGUACGAUGUUGCGUCUGGGGUGUUGGGUCGACGAUAUGCAGCCACCGAUGACGUUAAUAAGAAAGCCUCCGCCGUUGCGGUUAUGGGAAAUCUUCUGAUUACUGGAUCGCAAGACGGCAUCGUCAGGGCGUAUGCAAUCGAAAACCCAAACCCGGUCACAACAACUACUGCAACGACGACCGCGACGGCUAGUCCACUUACCAUAACCUCCACCGUUCUUGUUACGCCCACCACUGACUUUAACAUGUCAUCAGAGGCAUUCAAGCUUUAUGUCGAUCAAGAAGUUUCCACCGCUAGAACUAAAGUGGGUGUGGGCGUUGCCGUUCCGCUAUCCGUCGUAUGCAUUCUUCUAGCCUGUGGUUUAGUAUACGUCUUGCAUCGGUGGCGAAAUGAAAGGGGGAGAAGCAGUGCAAACACGAAUGUAAAGGAUAAGAUCGUAAAGGAUGAAAAGUCAGGAGCACCUGCAAUCCCGGCAACAAUUGCUGCUGCCGAGCAGGCGCCUCAUGAAGAGAUUGCCUAAGAGGUCACGAGACUGAGACCCGGAAACCGGGAUGCGCGACGGCGAGGGUAUAGAGUCAGGGACAAUAGAUUUCUGCCACUGGUGCGGUGCUAGAUGUAAUGCAUCUAAUUUGUACUGUCGGAAGCAGGUGCAGCUUAAUAUCAUUAUGAAAUACUCAUGAGUG